AUGACGAAGUUCAUUAUUAUUUCGUUGAUUUUCUUCGCCUUACAAUUUUCUUCCUCUCAGUCGUGCGACAUUCAGUUUGACGAUGUCGAUGACCAUGAAGUCAUUCGUCGUGUGCACGAACGUGACAUUUUUAAUGCUACAGGGCAGCUGAAGUUUUGUCCAUCGGCACUCAUCGUACAGAAUGUAUCAAUAACAAAUCCACUAUUGAAAAGAUUGAGUAUUCUCAAUGUUACUUAUUUUAUUGAGCUGAAUCGAAUCAACAUCACUGCACUGGCCCGUCUGAUUGGCUUCGCACCAUUGACAGUGCAUCUGUAUUUUGAAAAUACUAAUAAGUUUAAAUCUGGUCGUGUUUUAUCGCCAAACGUCACCAAUGAACAGGUUCUUUGCGCACACUCCUCUCCGGAUCGGACAGAAAUUCUUCGAAAUUGCCCAAAACUUCAAUAUAAAGAUGGAUUUUAUGUUCUUAAUCAUACAAUUAAUAUUGCAAUAAAGCGACAUCAAUCCAUCAUUGAUGCUUUAUUCACUGGUGUGGUAGUUAUGCUUGUUACUGGCGGCACAUUAUGCAUCGGUUGUGGAUUGGAAAUCGAACAGUUGAAAAAUAAUUUCAAACGGCCGAUUCCAUUGAUUAUUGGACUCUUCUGUCAAAUUGUAUAUUUACCAUUACUAUCCGUGGCAAUAUCGAAAAUUUUUCGAUUAGACGAUCCGACAAGCUUAGGUUUGUUAUCAACAGCGAGUACACCUGGUGGUGGCUCAUCUAACAUUUAUACCGCAUUGCUCGCUGGAGAUGUUGACCUUUCAGUGUGUCUAACAUUUAUAUCUACAACAGUAGCAUUUGGUACAUUUCCUCUUUGGAUUUGGUCUCUCGGGAAGACUUAUGUCGAUUUUUCUAAAGCAAAAUUUCCCUGGUGGAGUAUGUUUUUGUCGAUGAUAACCUUGUUUCUUCCAGCUAUGACUGGAUUGUUACUGCGUCGAUAUCGACCAGUAUUAGCACAUCGAAUCGCUCGUUUCCUCAAUCCGAUUGCCGUUGGUUAUCUCGUCUUCAUUCUAACAUUUGGAGUUUAUAUCAAUAUGUAUAUCUUCUACAUCAUCGAUUUCAAAUCCAUUGUUGCUUGUUGUUUUCUCCCCUGGCUUGGCUUUAUUGGAGGGGCAAUUGUAUCAUUAAUUGGAGUUCGGGAUAAGAAAAAAACAAUUGCAAUUUGUAUUGAAACAGGUAUUCAAAAUACGGCUGUUGCAAUCUUUUUCCUUCGCUUGACAUUUCCUCAACCGGAAGCCGAUGUCGCUCUGGCUAACCCGAUUCUUGUCUCAAUGGCAACACCAAUCCCAUUCUUAGUCUUGGUUGUGACUCGAUCGUUGAUGAAACGAUUUACUUUUUGCCGAAAAUUUCUACCGAAGAAAGCUCAACGGAAAGCCGAAGAGAAUGGUGCGAAAGAAGAUAAACCUGAAAAAGCGUUAAUUAAAGAACUACUCGACGAAAAUAAAACGGACGAUCAACAACCGGCUAGUCAGAUGGAAAAAACCUCACUAUGA